CGGAACGCAAAAAUCAGUUUACUCUGUUGUUGGGGGGCCGCUUUCAUCGGUGCGCUUAGUGGGCGUGCUCACGUCACGUGCUGGUAGAGUUUCCUGGCAGCAUGGCUGAGACAGAACAGCCUGAGCGACCGGCAGCCAAGAAAAAGAACCCAAACAAACAGCAGCCAGGUCAGCAGCACCGGCCCUGGAUAUUAAUGGGCGUAUCCCCUGCAAGGAAAUGGGGGGACCCUGUGCCACUUGUAACAUGAAAUCCAUGUACCCCCACAAUGCCUCCCCAUGGUUAUUACAUAGAGCCCUCUAUGGGAGGGAUCCAGAAACAUGUCUGGGGAAUGGACUGCAUAUAAUGGAAACCAGGGUAGUGUGAUGGAAUCAUUGGUUUAGUUUUAGAACGUUGACCCAGAAUUAGAAUGGAUACAUGGCACUCCACGUGUGCUUUCAAGCUCUUGGUAUAUGUUGGUAACUAACUUAGAGGCAUUCAGCUAUAAUAAUGUAGUUAAUUGUAGUGUUUAAGCUGUUUGGGCUAUAAACAAUAUCUUACUCAAGGCUGUAUUCACACACAAUAGUGAUUGUGGGUCUCAGUGGCAUUUUUUUAAUAAUCACAUCACUGGAUAUGCACAGUCUUUUAUUUCUAAGGAACACGGCCAAAUGAAGCUAUGGGUCAAACGAAUAUUGACCCAUCUUUAUCGAGUCUGUUUAUAAAAAAAAAAAAGGAACCUGGCACAGUUGAGAAAGUAGAGCAGUUAAUUGGCACGUUCUGUGACUUCAAUUAGUGAUUGAUUCAUUUAAAGAAUAUUACCCCGCUGUAGCUCUGUAUAAGUAAGUUAGUUUCAAUACUUGACAUGUUAUAAUGGACUUGCUUUAUAGAGCAUGUCUUGUACUGCUUGAUAAGUUGCAUGUGGUCUUAUUGCAGCUAGUACCCUUUUUUUUUUUUAAUAUAUAGCGAUGUGAAUCUGUUAAUGGCUUAUACAUUGCAUUUCUGAGUUUCUAUGCACUUACUGAACCUGCAGGGCAUUGUGUAUGCAUGUAAUGUCUAGAUCAGUGUGUAUGUGCUAUUUAUACCUAGGCCUGGCUUCCCCAAUCUCCGGCCCUCCAGAUUAUAUUGAACUACAACUCCCAUGAUUCUAUGAAAUAGGUUGAGAAUCAUGGGAGUUGUACUUCAGCAACAUCUGGAGGGCCAGAGUUUGGAGAGGCCUAACCUAGACAAAUGGACUAAACUAACAUGCAACACCUAUCAUAAACAUAGUGUUAUUUAAAGUGACAUUUAAGUUUUAUUCUUUCUGUUACUUAAUAGUGGAUGAAUCAGAACUUCUUACCGUCCCUGAUGGCUGGAAAGAGGAGCCCUUCACCAAGGAUGAUAACCCUCGGGGAUUGCUGGAGGAGAGCAGUUUUGCAACAUUAUUCCCAAAGUACCGGGAAGCUUACCUGAAAGAAUGCUGGCCUCUGGUGCAGAAAGCUCUAAAUGAAAGCGUGAGUAUCACCAUCAUUUUAUAUUCUGUUUAAGACAGAAAAGUAUAAAAUGAUGCGCUGUUUUAUACUUUUAUGAAUUAAAAGUCAAUUUUUCUAUUGCUUACAAAAAUUUUAAUUUAUUAAAAACCCUUACAAUGUAUUCUAGAAUUAGGGGAUCCUGGUUGGAGUGUCUGCUUCUGAAGAUGGAGUUAGCUGGCUGUAGCUAAAGGCAGAUUUUACGACUUUGCUAUAUAUUUGAAAGAAUAUCUAUUUUACUUAAUUGUUUUUUGCAUCAUAUGAUCCAUUAAAAAUGAGGUCCACUUUGACCGUAUUGUGUCCCUUUACAUUUGCUUUGUGGAACAGGAGAGUCUUGUACAGCUAUUUGCAGAUAUCAUUAUAUUGAGUCUGAAAAUACUAUAUACUUUUAUUCCAUUUUCUGAGCAUCUAGAUUUUAGUCCAUAGUGAACCUGAUAUCCACAAGUUCGCUGAAUGAUGGGUUCAUAUUCAUGUAUUUCUGAUAUUCCAUAUGUACAUGAUACUUGGAAACAAAAUGUUUUGCUCUUUGAAUGUUGGUCAUGACAUGUAACUUCAUGCACAAUUGGUCUACACUGGCGUAUGUAUUUUAACCAUAUAUGCUCAUUUUAAGAUGUUUAUAAACUGUGACACUGGGUACUGUGACACUGUUUUUGAAGAUUUGCUGUAUAUACGUGCUUUCAUUAAUUUCUCAAAUUACUAAUUUUAUGCUUAGCCAACUGAUAUAAUUUCUAAUUUUCAGUUUGUAAAAGCUGAAUUGGAUUUGAUUGAAGGAAGCAUGACUGUCACAACAACCAAGAAGACGUUUGAUCCCUAUGUUAUUGUACGAGCUAGAGACCUCAUAAAGCUGCUAGCCAGAAGUGUCCCAUUUGAGCAGGUAUGUGACCUAGCAACAUUUGUAAGGAGAGAUAAUAGUAAUGUAAACAAAUCAUAACCAUAGUAAAAUAAUAUUGCACCAAAUGAUGUAAUAUGCCAACAAAUCUUUAUCUUUUCACUAUAAAGUACAUAUUUAGAGAGAGAGUGAAAGAGAGCAGAGUAAUAAUUUGGAACUGGGGUAACUAUAAAGGUAGAUACUCAGAUGUUGAACUACAACUCCCGUGAUCCUUUGCAAGUCAGCCAAAGCAUCAUAGAAGCUGUAGUUCUAAAACAAACAUCUACAUCCUUUUCUGAUUUAAAGAAUGUAACAUUGGGUACAGGGAAGACCAGAGGGCCAGUCUUCAAAAAAAUCGGUGAGGAAGGCCGUCUUAGUGAUAUGAUGGUUGUCUCCAAUAUGCAGGCCAUAUUUAAAGGAACGCUGGGCAUUGUAUCAACUCCAUAAGAACAUGUAUUUGAUGCUUGUUCUCAAGUGAUGUGCCUGUCUGAGGCUCUCUUAGGCUUCCUGAUUUAAGCCCCUGACAAAAGCAAAGGAGAGAGGUUGAAUUUAACAUUCGUUAACAGUUUAACCCCUAGAGGUUGUUAUGGUGCCCCGAGGGUCUACACCAGUUAAUAUAAAUUCAUGGAGAAAGUAUUUUAGGGAGUAAUGUAAUUUUGGCCCCAUAUGUUAUUAAAAAUGUUUAUAUUUGCAAAAUUACAAUAUGUAAGGAAGUGCAGCUUUGGUUAGUAUUUCGCUGAGUAGUUGUGCUCUAAGGAGUUAUAUAUAAAUAUUUUUUUUCUGGCAAGUAAAGGAGUAGCAGCACUAUUUGAAGCUAUAAAUCAGCUUUAGCAAUUUCACCACAAAAGCAAUUUCAACCACAGUAUAGUUUGUACCAAGACACUUCUUGUGCUCAUUCAUUCAUGAACUAGUCAUAUAGCAAGAUAUUAAUUCAUUAAUAUUGUGGAAAUUCUAAUAUUGAAUAUUUUCUGUUUUGGUUUUUAAUUUCUCACAGGCAGUGAGAAUUCUCCAGGAUGAUAUGGCUUGUGACAUUAUCAAAAUAGGUUCAUUAGUUCGAAACAGAGAGAGAUUUAUUAAGAGGAGACAAAGAAUUCUGGGACCAAAGGGAUCGACGUUAAAAGUAUGUAUUGACACACACAUCCGCUUGUCUGUAAGAUUUACUUAAUUUGACAUCUGAACUUUAAAUUUCCAAAUUGUUCUCUUAACCAAUUUCUGCUUGUACCUUCUGCCUUUUCAAUCUUUUUACUUCUACUCUGUUCCCAUUCAAACACAUAUUUAUCAUAUCAUCAUAUCAAAACUUUCCUCUAUUUUUUUGGACAUUUGGUAUUAUCUCACACUGAUAAGAUAAGCAAGGCUCUACGUAUCAUUGCAAUUUACUAUCCUGUUACACUCCUGAUCUCUAAGGUUUUCAGGUAGUCUGUGUACCUGUGCCUUCAUACAUUCCUCAACAUGCAACUUCAUCCAGGACCCAUUGCAUUCUGUUUAUUACCUAAUAUUCCAUCUAAAAUUACCAACUUAUUUCAUUAUGGCUAAAUACAAAGGCUGUUCUUAUUGUUCUUUUUUUAUUUGCUGCAUUUAGCAGAGUUGACACCACAACCCACUUCACCAGGUUAACCAUUGUCUCCGCUUCCAUUUUCAGCUUGGCACCCUUCUGUCUUGGGUUCUACCUUUUGUUGCAAUCUUUGUGUCUCGUGUACUAAUUAAUCCAGAGUUGGGGUACUUUGCACCUCUCUUCUGGUCUUCUUCUUUAUGUGGACCCUUUUUCUAUGGUAACACAGACUUUAUGCUCAGCUACCAUCUUUAUGCCACACAAAUACCAGCACAAUUUAUCAUGUGGAAACUGCGCUCUACCCAGGGACUUCUCUUGUCAACUUUAAUCAACUAACACAAUCCUGUCAUUUCUUUAUCACAUUGUACAAAAACCCACACACUCCUUUUUCAUUUCCCACCUUCACUACUGCAACAUAUAAUCUAUCAAAUAUAACCUCCAUUCUGAAUUCAGAGACUGUAAUUCUUUCUUUUCUCUGGAAAACACUUGUAUAUUGAAAUCACUUUCAUAGCUUCACACAUUGCAUCACAUUACUCUCACGAUCCCCCAUUAUUUUCAAGCACUGCAAAAAUUAAAUAAACAGAACUCCAAAGUUCCAGUUAGAUAUCAAUACUACAGGUACCUCAACCUAAGGGGGAAAAAACCCAGUGAGCACAGUAAGAUUGUUUUUUGUUUUUAAUCAUUUUAUUUCUUCCUGUAUUUUCUUUUGUCCCAUUUUAGGCACUGGAACUUCUAACAAGCUGUUACAUUAUGGUCCAAGGAAAUACGGUAUCUGCCAUAGGGCCAUUCAGUGGUUUAAAAGAGGUAAGGGAAGCACAUUUACUUUGUCGUGUGUUUUCUUUAGUAAAAAGCAGCAUUGAUGAACUAGUGGAUGUUGUCUUAGGAACAUUGUUUCUCAGUUCUAUUCUAAGGACACCGGUUAAAAAAGCAUACAUUUAUAAAGAAAGACAGUAGCUUGUGCAAUUUUAAGUAUUCGUAUUGAGUGCCACUCUUACCUAAGUAUUUUGUGCAAUGAAAAAUAAAAAAUAAAGGUUUUCCAAUAAUUGUAAUUUUGUACACAACAAAUUAAAAAUCACUGUUUAGUAGAUAUACCCCUCAUGAAAAAUUGCAUGCAAUUAAUUAUGCAUUUUUCCAUUGGGAAUAUAUAUAUAAAAAAAAACCCAAAAAAAAAAACCUGCAGUUCUCUUGUCUGCUACCUUUGCCAGCCCUCCCCUUCUAACCCAGCCUAGACCUUCUGUGGCUGUCCAAUCACAAACUUCCCAUUCAGGCAAUUGCUGCUUCUUGAAUUCAGUGCAAAUAAGCUAACCAAACCAGGAAGUAACAGGACAUGUUGUCUGCUUGAAAAGCCUGGGGGAUGUAAUCAGUAUAAUUUAUAAAAGUGUAAAGUGACACUCUCCACACAGCUUUUCAGCAAUAUUAAGUGCUUUAGGGAUCUGGAGUGCUCUUUUAAGAAAUACAUCAGGCAGUAAAACUGCAACCACACAUCUGGAUACAUAAUGCAAAUAUUACUGUUUUCAUCAUGACAGAAUGAUAGCUUUCUGGUAAAAGAAAAUCAUUUGUAUUGUGUUGGAAUUCAACUGAAGUUGCAAUGCAAUUAAAAGAUCUCAUAAAACAAAGUAGUGACUACUUUAAUAUAUACAAAAUGUGACAAAUCAUAGCUUUGCCUCAUCUACUGCUUACUGUAUCUUGCCAUUUUUAAUCAGCUGUGUCUCAAUAUUUUACAUAACCUUUUUUUUUAAUAGUAAUAAAACAUAUUUGCAAUGUGUGCCACAAAGUGAAAAAGACUGGGGAACUUUUUCAGGGGCGUGCUGUUUUUUUAUUUUUUUCUCUCCCUCUCUCCCACUAUACUCAUUCAUUUAAAGGCAUUUUGCUAGAUUGUAAACAAUUAAUUGUAGAUAAGUCAGAAUGAGCUUUUAAAUAUCAGAACUGUAUUGUGGAAACGUGUAUGGUUUUUAUAUUGCUGCAGGUUAGAAAAGUAGUGCUGGAUACAAUGAAGAAUAUUCAUCCAAUAUAUAAUAUCAAGGUAAGAAUUAAUGUCACAAUACAUUUUAUUUCUUAUUUUUAAUGUAUUCAAAGACAAAGUUGCCAACAUCUUUAUGUUUAUGGAGGAAGAUGUGCUGAAUGUUACCUAUGUGCUUUACAGUUGAUUUAUUUUCAAGUAAGGGGUAUGUUGAAAGAAGAGAUUCUCGUCUACAAUAGCAAAUUAAAAGUGGAUUGAUAUUUAGUGAUUAGUUUAAUAUGUUGUUGCUCAUAAAUUGAGCCAAAGGUAUAUAAGACUGUGAACAAAUAAAAACUGUUACUAAAGUUUUCCAUGGGAUGUACUAUUUUGUGGGAUACAUAAUCAUUCACUAAAGCGCGAGUUAUUGUGAAUUGAUCAUUCUGCUGUUUUGUAUUAAGAUUUUAAAUUUGCUUUGAAUUCUCAACAAUUCACACCAGUGAAUAACUCUGAAAGACACACUGACUGACACCAAAUACGGAACUUUUUAGAGUUAGAGGCACACACACAAAGAAAUUGCAGAAAGCAUUUAAAGGCAUUGUUGGUUGCACAUAAUAUUUUGGUGAUCGAUUGCAGUUGUCUUUUGUUUUUUUGGUUAGAGUUGCUUAGGUUCUUAUUUAUUGCGGAUAAAGUAACCAAUUUCUAUUUUGUAAAAUAUAAUUGUGGAAUUUAGUUAAAACUAAAAUCAUUUAAUUAAAAUGUUGGCAAAUAUUAUUUUUGUUUUACACAUUGCAGGCAUUAAUGAUUAAGCGAGAGCUGGCCAAAGACCCUGAACUAAGAUCAAAAAGCUGGGAAAGAUUUCUCCCGAAAUUUAAACACAAGAAUGUUAGCAAGAGGAAAGAACCGAAAAACAAAAAUAUCAAGAAAGAAUAUACACCAUUCCCACCUCCUCAGCCGGAAAGUCAGGUAAAUCCUCUUACUGUCUACUGUCUACUUGGCUCCAUACAUGUAAUGUCCCUCAAAUAGCUACAUGUUGGUGUUGGCACACACUUCAUAAAUUCAUGUGGACGUUUUAAAAAAGAUAUCUGUAUAUUACUUAACACUCCAUAUAACUUUUAUUUUCUAAUUAAGUGGAUAACUGAUAAGGUACUUGCAGAUUUUAGGCCACCAAUUGCUGAGCUGUAAAAUUAGUGGAAUUGAAAAAAUAUUUCCAAUACAUUUAUUUUGGCAUAAAAUGUAUACAUUCCUGUGAAUUCUCCACUGUUUCCAUCUUGAUUGGAUCAUAAGUUUCAGUACUUCUCUACAUUAGUAUCUUUGCCCACAUUGAACUUUUAUUCUCUUUCCUAUAUUUGCACAUAAUUCUACCAGUCUUGUGUACGGAUGAUUUGUAUACCCCAUAUAUAUAACACAAUGACGGGCUUUAGCCAAACUCUUUUAAAUACGAAGUGUUCUUAAUGGAUGCAUCUUGCAUGAUAUUGUAUCAUUAGAUGUAUGAAAUAUAUAACGCUUUUAAUCAAAAAUGUGAAAUAAUUUAUUAACUUUUUAUUUAAUGUUAGAUAUUGCAAAGUUUAUUUUCUUUGCUAUUAAUAUUCUUGAUCUUGGUUGCUAAAUAUAUUCCUUUAUUUGCAUCUGUGUUUGUUUACUAGAUUGAUAAAGAACUGGCGAGUGGGGAGUUCUUCCUGAAGGAGAGCCAGAAGAGGCGUAAGAAACUAGAAGAAAUUAAGGUGAUUUUCAUUAUUCUCAUUAAGUGUCACUGUUUUGAGUUCUUUUUAUCCUUUCUUUAAUAUUAUUUCCUUUUUUUUUUUUUUUGCUUUCUGAAAUCAGGUAAAACAGGCUGAAGCAGUCUCAAAGAGACAAGAAGAAAGAAACAAGGCUUUUAUCCCACCUAAGGAGAAACCCAUGGCCAAGCCAAAGAAAGGUAAAGAAAGUAGUUAUAGUUAUGUUGGUUUUAUGCUUUUGUUCCUGAUUGUAUUAUGGGUUUGUUCUUGAUGAUUAUUCCAGAACCAUUUUAUGCAAUUAUCGUAUAGUUCUUGUUAUAGUUCUUGUUCAAUGCUUUGGGGAGUAGCAGUGGGUUUUAUCUGUUUAUUUUAUUGUAAUUCUUUGGUUUUAGAGUAUAUGUGAGAAUAUCAGGAAGAGAUCUUGCACAGUGACCUGUGCAAUAUUUGCAGAUUUCACAUAACUCUCAGUGAAAGAGCUAUAUAGUUAUCAUCCACAUGUGCGCUGUCACUUAGCGCCCCUGCAUAUUUCGUGAAGACCCCUGAAUGUGACAUGUGAGCUUGAUAUGUAGCAGCUGGAAAAGUAGAUAAAGGGAGAGGUUUUACCUCGCCUCUCAUUUUCUCCACAAGCUGUCUACUGAUUCAUUUAAAUGCAAGUGGAAUAUGAGUUGAGAAGAAUUUAGACAGCUAAAUACUGUGCCUAAAAUUUUAUUCACCUCUUUCACGGUGGCUGCAGCAGAUCAUAUUUGUAGUUUUCCCUAUUCAGGAACUUUCUGUAUAUAAACGAAAAUAAUGCUUUGUUUACAUUUUGUUGUUUGUUAAAAAUAGUUGACCUAAUAAAAUGGAGCGUGUUUACACCUUUCUUGAUCCUUCCAUGUUUACAGCUUCUACGUCUAACAAAAUUGAUGUGAAUGCCAUUAAGGAGAAAGUGAAGAAGGCAAAGGACAAGAAGCUCGGUGCUCUUCCAGAAGAGGAGGUAAAGCAGAAAUUGGCCAUAGCUGGGAAGAAAAAAAGGAAAUAAACAUGGCUUUACACUCUUCAUGAACUUGUUUGAACCGUGAGGCUUCAACAUCAGAGAUAUUUGGCAUUUCCUUUUUGUGAAGAUUCUAUUCAGUGAGAAAUGCCUGACCCACUCUUUAUUUUAUACAGGCCAUAUCCUUUAUUGCCCAACUAUUUAUUUCAAAUGCCUUUUGUAAACCCCAGAAACAAGUGAAUUUUUUAGUACAAGUGGUCAGAAAUAACGUUGUCUCAAAAUCAAUUCCAUGCGGUUUAUUGACCAGAAGGAGAAAAAAAAUUAGAAAUGCACCAUUUUACCUGAGCUGGAGAUUUUUUUUUUUUUCCAGUUUGGCUAUGUUGGAGUAAAAUGUGCAGUUUCUUUGUAAAUGAUUCAUACUUUACAGUUUAUUGAAUAUAUAUCCCAGUGUUCCUUCAUUGACACGUCAUAUGCCUACAGUCGUUCAUGCUCAUGCAAUCAUUUUCCUUGUAAUUACAUUACGCUGUAAUAAGUUUGAUUGUUGUUUUUUCUUUUUCUUUUUUUAAAUAAAAUUUCUGUAAAUGUGUUUGGCAUUUCUCUGAAUUCGGUAAAUAACUGAGCUAUCGUUCC